UCUUACAAAACUCUCUUAGAUUUUACGUAGGGGGUCGUUGCAGCAUAGACCUUAAUUUGUAUAUGAGUUCUCAUGGCAUGUGAAGAAUACAUGUGAAGAUUUGCAGCUGCAGUUAUCAGAGCUUUGACUCUCUUCCUUUUUUCUCUUUUUUUUUCUUUUUUUCUUUAUUUAGUAGAUUUGUUUGUUCUUAUCAGGGGUUCUUUAAGGCUGUGUGUGCUCUUUCCUGAAUCAACAACAUAAUUAUUCCUUUUUAUUAUAUAUAUAUACCUUUGCAUGUUAUUCCUUCUUGGGGUUUGCAGGGUGAUUUUUCGUUUUGGGUUGUUUUUUGUUUUUUUCCGUAAAACAUAUACAUUAACACUAAGUUUAUGCUGGUGUCAUAUGCUCAUUUAAAGAUUACUGGUUUGCAGGAAGUCUGAAAAAUCUGUUUGGAGCUGUCUGUGCCAAUAAUUUCUCGGUGUUUUAGUAAUUUUCUUUCCCUUUAACAAUCAGAAUACAGAUGAUGGACAAAUCCAAAAGACAGAAGGAGUUCCACUGGAUUUGAUAGUACGAGCUGGUGAGAGAGAAAUGCCCAAAUGGAUAACGAUAACGCCUCCACGUUCGUCAGCAGGUCAUCGUUCAACUUCCCCAGGGCAAGAACUGUUUGUUGGAGAAAAAGAUGAUGCAGUCUCAGUAAGAAGAAGAUUUAAGGACAUUCAGCUCCAGAAUACAGAUGAUGGACAAAUCCAAAAGACGGAAAGAGUUCCACUGGAUUUGAUAGUACGAGCUGGUGAGAGAGAAAUGCCCAAAUGGAUAACGAUAACGCCUCCACGUUCGUCAGCAGGUCAUCGUUCAACUUCCCCAGGGCAAGAACUGUUUGGCAAUCAAGCUGUUGUUCGCAGAAGGAAGCUAGAGUUGUCAAAUAAAUGUUCUCUAUCCAAAUACCUAUGCUUACACCGUUCUGGUGCUCCCAUUUCAUCAAAUACAGUAGCCUUUCCCAGGCAUCAAGCUUGUCCAGAACUGAGCUUGACUUCUUGUGAAGAGGAUGGAGAAUACCGGUCUGCAGAUGAGGAAUGCUCCUGGAGCAAUAUGACUCUUGCAGACUUGUAUCCAGCAAUGGUAGAGAUAUUUACAAAGCUCAUGGCAAAGCACUCUGAGAGGAAAGUGUUAAAAUACAUGUUUGGACACUUAAGGUCCAAGAGGUGGCCUUCUAGAAGAUCAAAGCUCAGUGUCACUCUAGACAAAAUGAGAGGGUUCAGACCCACUAAACUAAAGGGAGCAUUUCACAGCCCAUGUAGCUGUAGAAGUGAAGACAGCCAGAGUCCAACUUCUGGAAAUGAGAGCAGAGAAUUCUUUUGUGAUAACAGCCUCAUUAGUAAUUCAUCUGGUCUGGUGCCUUCUGCUUAUACUGAUACAAAUGAUAUCAAAAUGGUCCACUCUAACUCAAGUUUAGAACAUUUGGCAUCUGGAAAGGACCAAGAAGUCUGCAAACACACUGCUUCUCCUGAUAUUAUGGAUAGAAUGGGAGAGACAUUUAUAAUUGAAGAUGAAUUAGAGACCACUGCCUCACCAAAGAAUUCAGAAUACACAGAAAGUGAAAAAUUACCUUACAAACGUUUCUCAGAACCCAGUUUUAUAACAUCUACUGCCAGUUCAGGUUCAAGAGUGCCUCAUCUUGUAAAAGAGAGAGAGACUGAGAAAGCUGACUUUUGUGUUGGUUCCUCAGAGUUCUGUUCAUCUGUUUGCAGUUCCCAUAGCGAUAGUAACAAUGCUAUACCUACCACAAAUUGUUCUCCUGCAAGAUCAUCAAAUACUGCAUUCAUAUAUCCUGAAAGACAAACUUCUUUCCAGCACAAAGGCUCAUUUUCCUCCUGGUUUAUGAAGCAGAGUCCUAAAAAGAUGCCAAACAAAUAUGAUGAUGCGUUUGAGGAACUCUACUAUAAAGUGUGUUCUGAAGAAUUCCAGAAGUCUUUGACAUUGACAAGACCUCUUAUAAACUCACAGAACCUAGAAGAAAAAGGAAGAUUAGUGAAGAGUAAUUCAAGUGAUUUUGGGCCAUCCACGAAACAGUGUGAUAUGGAGUUUGACAGGAUGUAUGAGAAACUGUGUAGGGAGUCUGUUCCAAAAUUUUUUGGGUUUCAGACAGCUUCAAAUUUCAGGAAAUGUGAAGAAAUACAGGUGCCUGAAACUGUAAAUGCUCUUGUUAAUUCUCCUUUCCGAAUUUAUUCUGCAAUUUCCCAAGUUAAAAGAGCAGAAAGUUUUCCUAACUGUCUUUGCUCACCAGUAAAGCGACUGAAACUUACACCAGAACAUUGUUUUUCUUCAAGGCAAUGUCAAGAGCUUUCCCCCAGCAUAAAGGGUGAUCUUCAGACAGCUGGCAUGCCUUUUUUGAGCAAGUACUACUGCAGCAACCCCCACUUUUUUGCAGAUUGCAACUGUCAUAGUCAGGGCUCUGGAUCUCAUGGUUCUUCCAAUAGAAGUUUUCUUGGUAUUCCUGGAACUUCCCUGCAAGAAUCUGGGACUGCAGGUGUGCACCCUGAUUGGCAUGGGGCAGUGGAGGAUUGCAGCUCUCUUAGAAAUGUGAGGAAGUGUCACCGAAGGGUAUACAGAAAACUAAGCUACACUGAUGAGAAAGACUAAUUGUAGGAAUCCCUUGGAUGAUUCUGGUUAAAGCUCACCAAGAAGCAUUCAUGGACUGAUACAGUUAAGACAGUUUUAUAUAGGCAGGGUUUUAUUCAGUGUUGUUUCUUCUUCCAAGAAUCGAGGAUUUAUAAUUAUAUGUAGGCAAUACACAACUACUUCUGGUUUGUACUUCCUUGUAAUACAGAUCAUUGGGGAAGGAUUUGUCCCUUUUGACAGGGCACUUCUUACUCAAUUUAUGGCCAAGUUGCAAUUUUAUAUUUGGCAGUAUUUGUAAUAAAAUACUGUGAUUUGAUUUUAUUUGCUAAAGGAACAAGCUCCUUUACCUAAAUUGCUGCCUAUUCAUGUUUUUUGACUGUAUCAGUACAGAACCAAAGUCACUGCUGUAUGCCAUGUUGAUGUUAAUAGUUUUUAAGUAGAUCACCAAAGUUGAUAUAAGCUGUGAUUCUUUGUGUUAAUAAUAAGGAACAAGCUCAUUUACCUAAAUUUCUUCCUAUUCAUGCUUUUUGAAUGUAUCAGCACAGACCCAAUAUCACUGCUGUCUGCCUGUGACUUGAGUUUUCUAUGCAAUGUUAAUGUUAAAAGUUUCUAAGUAAAUUACUAAAGAUGACUGUUUAAUAAAAUGUUAUACUUUUUAGUAGAUUUGGUGAUUGUAUUUUGUAUUUUGAUAAAAUUCUACCUGAAGCAAUAAAUGUUCUAAAUAA